AGAGAGAGAGAGAGUAUAUAAGCCAGUGGGCCUUGCCUCCCUCACUAGUAGCGUGUUGGCCUCAGUGUGCGGGGACAGAAGGCAGGAACUGGACUGUGUGUGUGCGUGUGUUGACUUGUGUGCGUGUCUCAGAAAGACGAAGGAAACCCAACCUCCCUCAAGAUGGUCGGAACCAAAACCACACGUACGGUGACGGUGGAAAAGCGAGGCAUGUUUGACGACGACCCGUUCUUCAAGGAUUCCCUGGAGGAGUGGGACAAGGCUAUGAAGACCGUGGUGGACAAGUGGCCAGCUGACUCCUCCACCUCCAAGUCCACCACCACUACCACCACCACCACCUCCUCCCGUCCCGUCGAGACCAGGAACGUGUACCGCCAGAUCAGGUCCUCCAACGUGACCUCUGAUGACUCCCAGGCCGUGUCGUGCACCGAGGAGAAUGAUAAGUAUAAGAUGAUGAUCGACGUGAAGGAUUACAAGCCCGGGGACAUCACUGUGAAGACUGUGGAUGACACGGUGGUGGUGGAGGGCAAGAUUGAGCAGAAGGAAGGCAACUCCAUCAAGACCCAAGUUUUCACCCGCCGCUUCAUGCUGCCGCCCACCGUCAACCUCAACGGUGUCACCUCGGCCCUCUCCCGCGAUGGCGUCCUCACUAUCAGCGCCCCCAAGCUGGCCGCCCACGUGACCAGCGGGCGCCCCACGUCGCGCUCCGUGGAGUUCCGCAGCGUGACGCCCUCCAGCAGGCUGCGGCCCAGCCUGGGCUCCAUGCCCGCCGCUGGCAAGCCCAGCGUGCCCAACGGGCCGGACCGUCGCUACCUGGCGCACACGCCGCUGGGUGACGACGGCCACCACAUCGUGACCACUGUGGUGAACGACGGCAAGCGGCCACUGGUCCUCCUUCAACGAGAUGGUGGAGAAGUCCCAGCGCGAGAUGGAGGAGAUGAUGCGCCGCCACUCCCUGCAGUCCUCGUCCCGCGAGCUGGAGGUGUCCGCACCCUCCACCGCCCUGUCCCGCGUGCCUGCCGGCGUCAGCACCACCAGGGACGUGUCCGUGGCGGGCAACAACGUGACGCAGCGCGAGGAGAAGCGGUGGGAGGACAACCCCGCCCCAGGCCUGCACCGCACCAACCGUGUGCUCAACGAGAAGACCGAGCUGAAGGGCGCCGACGGCUCCGUGGUGGGCAACAAGAAGCGCAGCGAGCAGGAGAGCCACGCCGAGGGCUCCCGCGAGGAGUUGCUGCCCGACGGCUCCAAGAAAACCACCUUCACCAAGAGCUACGAGACCAGGAAGGUAUACAGCUACAACAGCAGCGACCCAAAGGCCUUGUGAGCCCAAGGUCCCUAUUUAUUGUGCCCCGCCGCUGUGCCCUGACGCCCCUGUGUGCUAUCCACGCCUCCACCUCGCCCUGCCCUCACCCCAACCCAUCCCAACCCACUUCACCAUGCCUCGGACCUAAACUCCUCCUUCAGUGAAUGCAUAAUAUCUCUCUCUCUCUCUCUCUCUCUCUCUCUCUCUCUCUCUCUCUCUCUCUCUCUCUCUCUCUCUCUCUCCGCCCGGUGAACCCAUUGGUCUUCAGCGAACCCUCAGAGCGGCACACACUUAUAUAUCACAACAAAAUCGACAACAACAACAACAACAACAAUAAGCAUACAAGCAUCAAAACAAAAUUCUCCAUUAACCUCCUACAAAAACAAAAAAAGAAAAAAAUGGUAAUAAUUAUUCAUGUAUAUUAUUGAAAAAAAGGGAAAAUUCUAUAUGAUAUUUUUUAUAAAAAAUAAAAUACGACCCACACCAACUAUA